AUGUGUACGUAUACAUGCGAAGCCGGAUUUAUGUUCGAAAAUUCGCAAAAAACGGUGACAGUACAAUGUUUGAACAGUCACUGGAUCGGAAAUAUGAAUUUGGCUUGCCAAACAACACAAUAUGUACUUCCGAAAAUUGAGCAAGCUGACGUUAAUUGUCCAAAUGGAACAAAUUAUCGUGAUCGCUGUAUAUUUCGCUGUAGGAAUAAUGCAAUAAUGAUUGGACAAAUAAAUUAUAUCAUUUGCGAAGAAAAUGGUUUAUGGACACUGCCGAAAGCAUUUUGCCAGAUUGUUUGUUCACAAGAAGGGUUAUUGGCGCUUAAUAUUUCAUAUGAUUCAAUUAACUGUAAAGUGAAACGUAUUUAUGAUAUGCAGACUUCCUACCCAGUAUCCAUCGUAUGCAGACUGAAUUGCUUUCGACAAUACCGUGCAUCACAAAUGCAAACAUUGCAUACUAAGAUUCGUUUGGUCUGUUCGGACGACGGUGUUUGGAUUGGUCCAUCCUGCAUACCAGUUACAUGUCCCUCACCAAAAAUUGUAUAUAUCGGGUCGUACAACUGUACAAACGGUUUCGAGAUUGGUCCCAGUUAUCGGUUCCAGUGUCCUGGAAUAGCUCAACACAAGUAUUCGUUGUGCAAGAAGGAUGGUACCUGGUCAAAUCGCUUUCAGCGUUCAUCGCCAUAA